AGACAGAGGUGUAGGAAGCCGGAAGUGGAUCGACCCCGGGUCGGUCCGGGCGUUGCGGAUUUGGGGCCUGGGUUCGCUCGACCCGGGGCAGCUGAAGAGCCCAUAACGGGACGGAGCGGCGUCAUCCCGGCCCCGAGACCUGCUGACUGGCAGGCUGUGCGCCCCGCUGAGGUCGGCGGCGACCAGGAGCGACCGCGGAGCGACGGCGGGCGUCGCCGGGCAUGUACGCCCCCGGAGGCGCAGGGUUGCCCGGCGGGCGCCGGCGGAGGAGCCCGGGAGGCAGCGCUCUGCCCAAGCAGCCGGAGCGUAGCCUGGCCUCGGCCCUGCCUGGCGCCCUGUCCAUCACGGCUCUGUGCACUGCCCUCGCCGAGCCUGCCUGGCUGCACAUCCACGGUGGCACCUGUUCCCGCCAGGAGCUGGGGGUCUCCGACGUGCUGGGCUACGUGCACCCGGACCUGCUGAAAGAUUUCUGCAUGAACCCCCAGACAGUGCUGCUCCUGCGGGUCAUUGCCGCCUUCUGCUUCCUAGGCAUCCUGUGUAGUCUCUCUGCGUUCCUUCUGGAUGUCUUCGGGCCCAAGCAUCCAGCCCUGAAGAUCACCCGUCGCUAUGCCUUUGCCCACAUCCUCACAGUUCUGCAGUGUGCCACCGUCAUCGGCUUUUCUUACUGGGCUUCUGAACUCAUCCUGGCCCAGCAGCAGCAACACAAGAAGUACCAUGGUUCCCAGGUGUAUGUCACCUUUGCCGUUAGCUUCUACCUGGUGGCGGGAGCUGGUGGAGCCUCAAUCCUGGCCACGGCUGCCAACCUCCUGCGCCACUACCCCACGGAGGAAGAGGAGCAGGCACUGGAGCUGCUGUCAGAGAUGGAGGAGAAUGAGCCCUACCCAGCAGAGUAUGAGGUCAUCAACCAGUUCCAGCCGCCCCCAGCCUACACACCCUAAUGGCAGCCCUUCCCCCACACUGCAGGGCCUCCCCAACCUGGAGGAGCUCCUUUCCCCAGGAGGCCUCCCUGGCAGGAUCCUGACCAUCUUCACCAAACCUUCUCCAGGAGAGACUCUGCCUUUAGGGCUGUUCAUGUAUUCCUGCUCUGGAAACCCGGGAUUCACUGAUUUUAUGUAAUGCACUGUCUUCCCUCUCACCACCUUCCUCUCCCGUCAUGGUCGCCAGUCAUUACAACCAGGGACUUUGCUUGGGGAGCUGCUCGCAGUGGACAGUCCCAAAUAGAAGAGUGUCAACAGGGCCCAAGGGGAUGGGGACUGUACCCUGCAGUCUCACUUCAUAACAGUCAGCCUUUGUUUGAUAGCUGUAGCUCUGGGCUGACCCCCACCCCCCUAAUCCUCAGAGUGCCCCAUUUCCAGGCCCCCACUCUGAGGAAUUCUCUGCACUUUAGUCUUUGGACUCUCCAUCAUGUAUGUUUUGGUUUUGUGGGGAGAAGGAAUUGCUUUUGGGAAGCAGAGCAGGUGCUCCCUGUGCCUGUCCUCACUCUGGUGGUGGAGCCAGGCAAGGAGAGCAGCACCUGGCGUGGGCCUGAUGCCUCCAGGUGCCCAUAAAGGAUCAGAGUGAAGGGGCUGAUUCUCCCUGGCCCCUUCACCUUUUAAAAUGCCAGUGGCUUUAAAAGGAAGAAGAAAACACAAGCAACAGCAACUACUCUCUUUAGACUAGCAACAAGACUGUUGUCAUUUUUCAGAUAUUUAUUCUUGGCUCUGCAAUGUUUUGGACUGCAGCCCCUUCCAGCCCAUAGGAGUUCCUCCCUGAAUUUCUCCCAGAAUGCAGCCCUCUCCCCUUCCUCUCUCCCUCCCAGGGACCAGUGUCUCCCUGGGGCCUUCCUGUGGAACCAGAGCCUCAGCCCAGGAGGCUGAGGACUGUGGCCUGGCUGGCUGGCCAGCGUGGUGCUCCUCAGGACUGUGGCACUGAGAUGUAACCUGGCCUCCGUGCAGGAACAGGGGCCACAGCAGGGCGGGAAACCCACUACUCCACCGAGGAACCACAACCAGCAGGGCCCCAUUGCGGAGGUGUCAGACGCACCCUGUCAGGCUAGUAGGUCCAGCUGUGUCCUUCAGACUCAGUGUGUCCCCUAGACUGUGACUUGGGCAGCAGCUUGUGGCAUGCCCCCUCUCCUUGAAUGUCCUCUGGUCUUACAGAGUGCCAUUGGCUCUGUCUUGCCCAGCCGUCACUCUCAAUGUCCUGUCUGACAGACAUGGCUCUGGGUCUGGCUGAAUUCUCUGUCCUGAAAUCAGGGGUGUAAAGUGGGAGAAACUUGAGAGGCCUUCAUUGUGGAUCCGGAUGGCCAAGCUUCUUUGGGAUCACCGUCCAAUGCUGAGCUGAAAAACAGACGGGUCCCAGUCUCCUAUCCCCUUCCACAGACAGUGGAGCAAGGCUGGGGAAUAGACACCGUUGUUGAACAGUGUCUAGAAAGGGACCGUUAUGUCCCUUGUCCUUCUUCAGCCAGACUGCCUGGGGAUGUCUGGAUGCCUGUGUGGGAGGCGAAGACCAUGUCCAGAUAUGAGGGAGUGACUGCCUGGAAUUCACUGGGAUGCCGAAGUGUGUCCCGUGGUCACUUUCACACCCUUCCAGACACUUCUCUUAGGCAAGAAAGACUCCCAUAUGAUACCUUAGCACAAAGCCAACGAGCUAAUAAAUUAAGUCUUCUCUUUCUGUAAAUCCAAAUUUGUUUCUGGCGGGUCUCCAGAGUGUGGCCAGCUCUCUGUGGGUGUCUGAGCAGGCAGACCAGGAGACCGGGUACCAAACACGCAUGCCAAAGUGAUCAGUCAUCUCAUGAGGACCAAAUGUGACUCUAUGGACCAUUCCACGUGAUUUGGAACCCACUUUUUAUUCACUUCCCUUGCCUCUGGCCUUUCUCUCUUCCCCUGCCAUCCUGACACUGAUUUGUCAUAUAAAUUCCCCUGAUUGUGUUUUUUUUUUUUCUAGGAAAAAAAUUAAAAAAAAAAAAAUAGAAACCACAAAUAAUAAUGUAAA